AUGGUCCUGACCUCAGGCUUUGACUACUAUUGUAGCAUUGACUCUGGCUGUUCUUUGAACGGCGGUGACCAGUAUGGACGUAUCGUGCCCGACAACGCCAACAUAUUCACUUGGUACAAGUCCUUGGCAGGCUUCGUAGAUCAUGCACAUAAUAAAGGCUACAAGGUUGGUAUCUACCUACUACCCGGUGCCUUCGUCGGAGAUGGUGGGAUCACUAUUGAGAACACUACCAUCAAAAUUGGUGAUGUCCUUAAUACUAGCGUGACCUAUAAUCUACAGCAAGCAUUCAACUGGGGCGCCGACGGCGUCCAACAGUGGCAUGACUCUGUUGUUUACAAUCUGGCGUCGAUUCACGGAACAAGGGCGUUGAUAUGA